GUACGUACAUGUAACAAACUAAUUAAUUAUAACUUACUUAUCACCUUGAAAAAUAAGUUACGUGUUUACGCUUUGGAGUACACGUCAGUAUCUCCGCAACGAAAGUCAGUUAGGCUUUUACUAUUUUUCAGCUAUGCAAUACAUAAUGACGAAGAUGGAAUUAACCUUCUGGACAUUGGUUAUCCUGAUCUUAUGGGUAGCUAGUGCCUAUGAUUUGAACGAUAAGAUUGCGUCGAUGGAAAAACAAAUCGAAGGCCUGAUGUCCCAAGUUGAUCGUCAAACGCAGCCCGUGACAACGUUCAUUAGAUGGGGGCGCACUGAGUGCCCUGUUGGUGCAUGUGACGUUUACAGCGGUUAUGUUGGCGGGUCAUAUUGGUCGGAGUCGGGCAGUGGGGGAGACUAUCAAUGCCUUCCGUCACAUCCCCAGUGGGGCAACUACACAGACGGAACAGCCAGAUGGGGCGCUUCCAUGUUUGGCGCAGAGUACGACGUUUUACCUCCCGAUCGCAGAAAUCCAUUCCUUGGCACUAAUUCGCCAACGUCAGACCCGAAUUCUUUACAUAAUCGUGACGUUCCUUGCACAGUAUGCAGUGUACCGAGAUCGGAAACACUUAUGAUUCCCGCAUGGAAGGCGUGCCCAGCAGGUUGGAAGAAGGAAUAUAAUGGGUAUCUAAUGGCGGAACAUAGAGCUCAUUUAAGUAAUAAAAACUUUAUAUGUGUUGACGAGGCGCCAGAGGCGAUGCCAGGGGGAAUGGCCAGAGAACAAGGAGCACUGUUGUACGCGGUAGAGGCGAAGUGCGGCUCACUUCCAUGUCCGCUUUACGUUCAAGGAAGAGAGCUCACUUGUGUCGUUUGCACCAAAUAGAACGACAUAAUUAAUAAGACUUCAUCAUAUGACGUUUGUAUCCAAGAACUGUCGAAUAAGUAUUGUCUACGUUGAAUCAAGAUCAAAUGAACUGAAUAACCACGUUUGUAUCCAAGAAUUAUCGAAUUAUUAAGAUCCAUGUUGUAUCAAGAUCCAAUGAGAUGACUAAAAAGGUUUUAAUUCGUAUCCAGGAACUGUCGUGUCUGCCUAUAUUGUCAAAAGUUCUUGUACGUACACACUUUAUGCAGGCAGAUCGCAUGAAAUGACAAUCCCACAAUGCGAGACUCAACAAUAAGCAUGAAACUAGAAACAUUUUGUGACUCAUGUAGCAAAUCAUUUUUUACACUGCUUAAUUGAGGGUGAAUGACAGUCACAUUAAGUAUGAAAAUAACAUAUUAAUCUUUUGAUAUUUCAAGGAAAAUCGCCUGAAAAGUGAUGGCCGAGAUUGAAAAUAUGAUGUUAAGACAAAACCGCAAUGGAAUUUUGUAGAUUUCUUUGAAAAAUUCAGAAAUAUACAUCACAAGUCGUUUUCAAAACAGAAAGAUGUACAUGAAUAGUAAGGCUUACCGAAUCAAUAAUUAUUCGAAAUUAUGAUCGGACAAAAGUAUGAUGUGUACUUCGAGGUAAUAAAGUAAAUGAAAAUAUAUUUUAAUAUGUUUAUUUUCAUUUUAUAGUACUAUGUUAUUUGAUUGUAAAAUGAAUCAAUUUUAUACAUGGCCAGUUUUCCCAUAUUUUGUGUUGUAUUUGACAACUUACAACAACGGGCAACGUUUCAUGUUAGUGAAAAGAAAUACUUCAUGAAAUAGAAAUGCAAUCCGUGACACCUGCUACAUUGAAAAACAAUAAAACAUUGCAGAAGUAUCCGUUAAUGUUCAUAAUUAUGUGUUUCACAUUUAUGUUCACAUUUAUGUGUUUUGUAAAUGUCCUAUCCAGGUAACUAUUGAAUUAAAUACAAUGCUAAAGUCAUAAAUCAGAGGCUUUGUUUUUAUCAUGACCUCCAUGUGUGUAUAAUGUUAUCAAGACUUGGGAUAUGGACUUGUCCGUUUUCAAAAAUGCUCAUAAACCAAAUCAAGUGCUCGAGGUAUCAAAAAUUAGUCAUUGGUUACAAUAUGUAUGGGAAU